GUACUACCCGGACAGGAAGCAGGAGAGGAUGCUCGGCGUCAUGUCGGAGCACGUCGACGCGAUGCACGCGAUGGCGCACGACCAGUCCGGCAGGCACAGCACGUACGCUUUCGCGGAGAAGGUUGCGGCGCAGGCGGUCGAGCUGCUGCCUCCCUCCAAGGUGACGCUCGGGCUUCCCUUCUACGGCCGCCACUUGCAGACCGGCGACUGGAAGAGCUACGAAGAUCUGAUGAAGCCGGAAGACUUCCCGGACGGCCCGAGCGCGUCGCUGGAGGCGGACGAGGCCGGGGGCUACUACUACAAUGGCCCUCUCACGAUCGCGCGCAAGGUGCGGCUGGCGGCGUCGCACGGGCUGCAGGGCGUGAUGGUCUGGGAGGCGGGGCAGGACUGCCGCGAGGCGCCCGUCUGGCGGCACGGCAAGGUUGCGCACGUGCAGACCUGCCCCGAGCAAGGGCCGGGCGCGUCGCUGCUGUCGGCGAUCCGCGGCGCGCUGCCGCCGUCGUCGGAGGGAGCCGGCCCGCACGACGAGUUGUGAGCGGCUCAGAGACUGGUCGGAGCUCUCCACGCUCCCCUGAUUCUAUUGGACGCCUCGGGGGCGCGCCGCAUGUCACGCAUUCCACAACAUCCAACAUUGCAUCAACAAGCGGCGGCGGCGUCCGGCGAUAUUGCCGGAUUUGGGCCAAUGCACAAAACAACCCGCAGCACCGGCGCGCUUCGGCCCAUGGGGGAGUAGUAUCGGCCAGAGUCUGCGCGCACCGUUUUCUCACCGAUCUCAGUCCUUUUUGUGCGCCCCAGAGAUGUGCUUUAAACGAACGUCAACAAACGAAUCGCUCCGGCAGGGGGGCGCACACUCGCAGGCCCGAGAGCGGCCGAGUGGCCAAGGGCCCCGCCGUGCAGGGGGCCGGGCCACACGACCAGGCCCACGCACCGCGCGCUCACUCAAUGGUUCUCUCGCGAACUAGACACACUCCACACAGAGACGCACAAACAAUCACUCGAGACAUGGCGCGACGACGCCAGUAGACAGACGAUCCCGCUUCCAUGCUCAGCGUUCCAUCCUCGGCGGCUGGCUCUCCCGCGCCGCCGCCUCUACUCAGCUCUACCUGCUGUCGCGCGAGUACCACACGCACCACGCCAGCCCGACGAGCACCAGAUAGCAGACGAGCAUCCACCCGUCCUCCUCCUCCCGCUCCGCCACCGGGAUGGGCCAGCCGUGCUCUCCCUCUUGCGACUUUGCGCCCUUUCGCGGCGACUUAGCCGCCCUCGGCGCGCCGGGAGGCGGUUGCAGCCGCGGGUCGGGCGGGUCGAGGCCGACGGUGGGCGGGGAGUCAAUCUCCGGGUCGGAGAGGGAGCCUUGCGAGUCCUCGAGCGAAGCGAUGUGCUGCUGCAGCCGCUCCGGGAAGUACUUUCGGUCCAUGCCGAGCAGCUUCUGGAUGACGUACGAGAUCGGGUUCGCGUCGCUCGCGCCGGGCUGCGACGCGUCCGCGCCGCCGUCGGAGUGGAAGAGGGGCGAGGCGCGCAUCGCGACGACAAAGGGCUGCAUGAGGAGGACCUUGGCCAUUGCGUUCUGGAGGUUCGUGGCGCAAUGCUUGU